AUGGUGCGUGGAGCAGUGGGACGCCCGAAAAAGGUCCCGGGCGAUCACACGCGCAAGCCCCGCAAGAAAAAAGACAAGAACGCGCCCAAGCGCGCGCUGUCGGCCUUUAUGUUCUUUAGCAAUGACAUCCGCGACACGGUGAAGAAGGAGAUGCCGGAGCUCCAGUUUCUCGAGAUCUCGAGCGAGAUUGGACGGCGCUGGAAGAAGAUUACCGACGAGGAGCGCCGGCCAUAUGACGAGUUGGCGGCUGCUGACAAGCGGAGGUAUAUGGAGGAGAAGGAGGAUUACGUGCCGGACCCGUCGUUUGAGACGACCAAGGGCACGCGCAAGAAGAAGGACCCGAACGCGCCCAAGCGCGCGCUGUCGGCCUACUUCUUCUUUUGCAACGACAUGCGUCAGGAGACCCGUGACGAGAACCCGAGCAAGAAGAUCACGGAGAUUGCCACGCUCUCGGCCGAGAAGUGGCGCGCGCUGCCGGACAAGAAGCGCGUCAAGUACCAGAAGAUGCACGAGGAGGCGAAGGUCAAGUACCUCCAGCAGAUGGACGUUUACAACUCGAACGACGUGGCGGUGCAAGAGCCAGACGAGGUGGACGAGGACGACGACGAGGACGACGACGACGAAUAG